AUGGUGAUCCCGGUUAGGCUACUGCGCCUUGUAGCCUUCUCAUCCUUCUUGGCCCCUCUAAGUCGCGUUGCUGCUCUGGUGCUCCAUCAGGACGGAAAAGCGGAGGAUGCCCCUGAUAAGCUUGAGCCCAUCGCCGUUUUGGUGCUUCAUCAGGAGGGAAAAGUAGAUGAUGACCGGGACUCUUUUGAGUCCGUCACUAGUACAAGCCACGAUUAUGUCGAGCCCGCCACCAAUGAAGGCCCGGUCUACAUCGAGUUGAUGGCUGAUAUAGGCCCGGACUACGUCGAGUCCACCAUAGAUGAAGGCUCGGACUAUCUAGAGCCUAUCAUCGGUCCAAGCCUAGAUUCUACCGCACCCGCUCCUGGUAUAGCCUUGGAAGGAUGGAGGAAGUCGUCCAAUAAGGAGUCCUCUACACAUAUUGUAGAGCAUUACAACGUCAUCAUUUUGGACUCAACAAGACGUGGGAGUGGACGCUCCCGAGCACGAGCACGAGGGCGAGUACGUGAACGUGGCCGAGGUCGAGCGCGUGGACAAGUACAGGAGCAUGUAUUAACGACACCGGUAUUGGACACACCCGUAGAUAUCACGAAGAGUUCUCCGAAAAAGGCAACUCCCUACGGUAGCAAGACCAUCCAACUUGCUUAUGCAGACGGGCCUACUGGACCUCCUGGACCUCCUGGACCGCAAGGUCCGAGAGGCAAUCCGGGGCCGUCCGGACCAACCGGACCUCAGGGGCCCCGUGGGCCGGCUGGUCCCCAAGGCCUAAAGGGAAACGUCGGUUCGCAGGGCGUCAAAGGUGACAUCGGCACCCAAGGCCCCAAGGGAGACAUCGGUGCGCAAGGCCAAACUGGAAUCACAGGUCAGCAAGGCCCCAAGGGUGAAGCAGGAUCUCAGGGCCCGAAAGGCGAUGCUGGAGCGCAGGGCCCCAAGGGAAAUGUCGGAGUUCAAGGCAUCAAGGGCGAUACUGGUGCUCAGGGCCCGAAAGGCGACACUGGUGGCACAGGUGGCCAGGGACCAGUUGGCCUCACAGGUAGUGCUGGACCUCAGGGUGCUCCAGGCGCUCAGGGAUUGACGGGCCCGAAAGGCGAGGCUGGUUCUCAAGGCCCUCAAGGUCUUCAAGGAACGACUGGCGUGAAAGGCGACACCGGUGCUCAAGGCCCAAAGGGUGACGCUGGCGCACAAGGUCUUCAGGGUCUUCAAGGUGCGAAUGGUGUUAAAGGCGAUACUGGUGCUGCUGGCCCUACUGGCCUAACCGGUCCUCAAGGCCCCAAAGGUAACACUGGUUCAAUCGGGCCUCAGGGUCCUCAAGGGGCGAAUGGUGACAAGGGAGAAGUCGGCCCAGCGGGUCCAAUUGGUCUUGCUGGUUCACAAGGUCCCAAAGGAGACAUCGGUCUCCAAGGACCAAAGGGUGAUAAUGGCUUGACCGGACUGCAGGGUCCUCAAGGCCCCAAUGGUGUCAAAGGCGACACUGGCCUGCAAGGGCCCCAGGGACCAAAGGGAAGCACUGGUGAGAAAGGAGACGUUGGCCCUCCAGGAUCUCAAGGGCCUCAAGGACUCCAGGGGCUCAAUGGUGUGAAGGGUGAUAUUGGCCUCCAAGGACCACAAGGAACCAAGGGCGACGCGGGACUUCAGGGCCCCAAAGGCGACACCGGCAAUCAGGGUCCCAAAGGCGAGACAGGCUCUCAAGGACCUAAAGGCGCCGUUGGAGCUCAAGGCCUAAAAGGUGAUGCUGGUGCCCAGGGACCAAAAGGAGAUACAGGCGGUAUUGGUGGUGUAGGGCCUCAGGGACCCCAAGGACCACAAGGAGAAAAAGGUGACCCAGGGGUUGCAGGAACUCAAGGCCUUCAAGGGCCACAGGGCCUCACUGGGCCAAAGGGUGACUCUGGCCUCCAAGGUGUCCAGGGAGCGACAGGAGGUGUAGGACCACAAGGCCCCAAGGGAGAAACUGGCUCCCAAGGCCUCAAGGGUGACGCUGGCUCUCAAGGUGUCCAAGGUCUACAGGGGCUGCCAGGAUCUCAAGGUCCGACUGGACCCAAGGGAGAUACUGGAGCUCAAGGUAUCUCAGGACCCCAAGGCCCUCAAGGCUUAACAGGAGCAACCGGCGAAAAGGGUGAUACUGGUUCACAAGGCCUUCAGGGAGUCAAAGGAGAUCCCGGCCCCCAAGGCCCGAAAGGUGACAUUGGGUUUGAGGGACCUCAAGGACCUCAGGGACCAAUAGGACUAAAGGGUGACACUGGCGGACAGGGCCCGAAAGGCGAUAUUGGUUUUCAAGGUCCCCAAGGCCCUGAAGGGCCACGAGGGCCUCAAGGCUUUCAAGGCAUUCAGGGACUUCAAGGUCUUGAAGGAGAGAAGGGCGACACUGGUGCUAUCGGCCUUCAAGGGCCUCAAGGUCUUGCUGGAUCACAGGGAAUACAAGGAGAUACUGGCGAGAAAGGUGACACCGGAUCGCAGGGACCUAAAGGCGACACUGGUGCUCAAGGCCCUCAAGGGCUCCAGGGACUUACUGGCCAGAAGGGAGAUAUUGGCUUACAAGGCCCCAAAGGAGACCCUGGCUCUCAAGGCUCUCAGGGAAUUGAAGGGCCUCAAGGAGACAAAGGCGAUACUGGCUCACAAGGCCUGAAAGGCGACACUGGAGCCCAGGGAACUCAGGGAAUCAAGGGGGACACCGGCGCCCAAGGUCCCCAAGGUGUGAAGGGUGACGUUGGAAUACAGGGAGUAAAGGGUGACACUGGCUCACAGGGCGUCAAAGGUGAUACUGGAGCUCAGGGUCUCAAGGGAGAUCCUGGUGUACAAGGCCCUAAGGGAGAUGCCGGCGCACAGGGCUUGAAGGGGGAUAUUGGUGCUCAAGGCCCAACUGGCAGUACUGGCGCCCAAGGCCCAAAAGGCGACACCGGCUCUCAAGGUAUACAGGGAUUAGCUGGUGACAAGGGAGAAAUUGGCCCGCAAGGCACACAGGGUCUAACUGGUCCAAAAGGCGACGUAGGCCCUCAAGGACUCCAAGGUUUAACUGGUCUGAAAGGAGAUGUUGGUUCUCAAGGCCCUCAAGGCCUGACCGGCUCUCAAGGUCCAGCCGGAAUAGCUGGUGCCAAAGGCGAUACUGGACUAACGGGUCCAAAGGGCGACACUGGGUUGCAAGGUAUACAAGGGCCUGCAGGUCCGAAAGGUGACGCCGGAGCAGCUGGUAUCAAGGGCGAUAUUGGUGCACAGGGCCCCCAAGGCUUGACUGGCCUGAAAGGCGAUACCGGUGCUCAAGGUCCAGCAGGCUUGAAAGGUGAUACUGGCGCCCAGGGCCUUACUGGACUGAAAGGAGAUACCGGUUCGCAAGGCGUGAAGGGUGACACGGGUGAGCAGGGUCUGAUCGGCCCAACUGGCUCAGCAGGACCAAAGGGCGAUACCGGCGCGCAAGGCGCUCAGGGACCUAUUGGUUUACAAGGUCCUCAAGGUUUAGCUGGCCCUAAGGGCGAUACGGGCCCUCAGGGAGUCCAGGGCUUAGCAGGUGUGAAGGGUGAUGCCGGCAUCCAGGGCCCCAAGGGCGAAACAGGCUCUCAGGGCCCCAAGGGCGACACUGGCGCACAAGGUCUCCAAGGCGCGGCUGGUGUGAAAGGUGACACUGGGGCUGCCGGCCCUAAAGGUGAUGCUGGCGCCCAAGGUAUCACUGGUAGCACUGGGCUGAAAGGAGAGAUUGGCCCUCAAGGGUCGAAGGGUGAGACAGGCGAGAGGGGUAUCCAGGGUGUUGCCGGUGUGAAGGGCGAUACAGGAGCGACUGGCCCCAGGGGCGACGCUGGUGCGGCCGGACCCCAAGGCCUUGUAGGCCCAACCGGCAAUACUGGGCCUCAGGGUCCUACUGGACCAACAGGUGCCGUUGGAGCGACCGGCGCGACUGGUGCUCAAGGCUUGAGGGGAGAGACCGGAGCUGCGGGUCCGGCGGGUCCGACUGGGCCGACGGGGCCGACCGGAGCAACGGGGGCGAUCGGCCCCGCCGGAGCUACUGGAGCAACCGGCCCUCAAGGCCUCAGGGGUGAGUCCACCUCCUCGUACUCGGCCACUUACGACUACCUUGGAUGCUUCCCCUCCACAUUACUGAGCGGAAAAUGGGGAUUUAGUGGCACUGUUUGGACCCAGACAUUGACAGGAACAAUCGAUGACUGCGCUGCUUACUGCACCACUGUUCAAGGCACCGGUGCUCCCACCCAGUUCUUUUCCCUGGGAACAGUGGGGGGGCUCGGGGUACUUGGAUAUCAGUGUACGUGUGGAAACGCUUUCCCAGACACUAGCACGGCCGAUGAGAAGAGGAACACUUGCAAUAGUCCAUGCAAGGUGGGCACUGGCGGCCGCACUAUUUAUUGUGGUGCCGUGCUGGGCACAAUGGUGUCCGUCUUUGCGGCGGUUUAG